GAGCUCUAAAUGACCCUAGCAACCAGGGAGUGACUUGAAUGAGAGACUGAUAUAUGAAGAGAAGAGCACCUGAACAGAAAAGAGGCGAUUCUUUAUACCUGAUGCACUUGCUUUAAAAUGGCAUAUCUCUUCCACCUAGCAGUUGCUCUGCUAGUUUCUCAGCUGACUACAGCCCAGUGGACUGAAGGACCUCAUUACACUUCAGUUACUGCAGGUCGUACAUGCAGAGCAAAAGAGCUUACACCAUUUACACUGGUAAAGGGCUACAUAGCUUCAUGGAUGUAUAGUACUUCAAUUGGGAACCUUUUAAAUCGAAUAACAAACAGAUUCCCCUGUGGGAUCAGACAGUAUACAUCUGUGUCAAUUAAAAGUGCAGAUAUUUCAGAAUAUAUUACACAGACUAAGGAAGAUUUCAUUAGCCAGAUAUCAUACUCAGAUUAUUCAUCUUGUGGCUAUUACUACUAUGGCCCAGAGACUUACUGCAAUCAAUCCCUAUUGUAUGGGCUGAAGGAAGCAUUGCUCAUCUCUCCUCCGGGUUCAUUUGUUCUGGUUAUAACUGAUGGCACAAUUUCUGAUGCAAAUGACACUGCAUUAUUAAAUGGAAUUUAUAGUCUACUUGAGGAAAAACAGUCACAGGUGUUCUUCAUGUAUUGGGAUUGGCAUUGGCCUCCCAAAGAAUCUCAGGACAGUUUGCUUCAAAGUAUUGCUUCUCGCAGUUAUGGGCAUGUUUCAAGCAUUUACUUAUAUGGCAUUUGGGAGGCAAUGUAUGGCUUGGAUUUCUUUCUUACCAAACCUGUAAAUGCUUCCGUGCGCAUUCUGAAUAUAAAUGUAAAUGCAUCUGGUGAGAUUAAAGAGACUUUCAACACAACUGCCCUAACCCAUCUGCUGGUUUAUACUACUGGGGAUGUCAAUAUUACUCUGACUGAUCCUAAUGGGAAUGGUGCAGAUAUUGUACGAAGUCUAAUAUACUCUCCAGGAAACGCAUAUCUAGUGAAGCACUCUGUGUCUGGAAAGUGGACUUUAAGUCUAAAUUGUAAUGGGUUUAUUUCUGUUAUGAUUUUGGGCUUUACUGGUUCCUCACAGAUAGGAAAAUGUUCCGAUUCUGACUGCCACCCAAAUGCGACAUGUGAGGAGUUUGGUGGCGAUCAGGAAUGUACCUGUAAAAAUGGAUUUACAGGCGAUGGAUUCCAGUGCUAUGAUGUAAAUGAAUGUGACGAUUACUGGCUCACUAAAUGUAACGGUUAUUGUGAGAAUACAGUAGGCUCGUAUAACUGCACUUGUUAUAGUGGAUUGAAAUAUACAGAAGAAGGUUGUGUUGAUAUUGAUGAAUGUGCAAGUAAAGAUCUUAAUGACUGUCACCCUUUGGCUGUUUGCAACAAUUAUUGGGGUUGGUACAGUUGCAGUUGUCCAUAUGGAUAUUUUGGAGAUGGCUAUUUCUGUGAAGUCAAUGAAUGCCAACAAGGAACACCAUGUGACCCCAACACAGACUGCAUUAAAUACAAAGGGCUUUACAUCUGCUUAGACCCAUGUUCUAACCAUACAGUACUAGAUGAACCAUGGCGUAGUCUGGAUAAUAAACAUUCAGACUAUUAUUAUUAUUAUGACUACUACUGGUAUCAUUGUGAUUAUGGUCUAAGUGGUUGGUAUCACUUUCAAGGCAAAACUGAUCAGAAGAUUCCUGAAUAUUGUAUAGCACAACAGAGUUGUGGCACAAAUAUUCCAAUAUGGCUGAAUGGCACUCAUCCAAAAGAAAAGGAAGGGAUAGUCAAUCGCACUGCUUGUUUUAACUGGGGAGAUUGCUGCUCCUGGAACUCUUCUGUAUCAAUUAAGGCCUGUCCUGGUGAUUUUUAUGUGUAUAAACUGACUGGAACCCCAUUUUGCAAUUCAGCCUUCUGUGUUGAGCCAAAUCUGAAAACCCUAAAUUGUUCAUCUCUGUACUGUUCUCAUGAUGAAGAAUGCAGGAAAGAGAAUGGAGUUGUGGGCUGUUACUGCAAACAUUCUGAUAAUAUAUAUGGCGACGUGCAUGAAGAUUUCCCCAUUCCGGAGCUGACAUGCAGGACAAGCCUAAUGAGGCUUUCCUAUAGCAAAUGCUUACUAGAAAAGAUGGGAAUGAAUGCAUCGACCGUACAUUUAAGAGAUAAUGGCUGCCAGGGCUAUAUUGAAAGAGAAGAUAUACAGAUGGUUAAAAUCGACAUGUUGCCAAGAAAGGGGUUCUGUGGAGGUCAAAUCAAGGUUAAUACAACACAUUUUACAUAUAUAAAUACCGUAUAUGUGUCACCAAAAUCUGAUGAGAUGAUUCAAAGGGGGGAGAUUGCGCUGGAAGUCUCUUGCUCUUAUGCACGGAACAUGGAGGUCAGUCUGUGGACAGCAAUAAAUCCAAUUAUCAGCUCUCUUAAUAUUUCAGUCGGUGGAACUGGAUCAUAUACGGCUAAAAUGUCCCUUUUUCAAAACUGGGAUUAUUCGAUGCCCUUCCAGGGACCAGAAAUAUGGCUAAGCACAGAAACCUUGAUAUAUGUUGGAGUUAUGGUAGAAGAGAUGAAUGAACCUCAGUUUGUCUUACAAAUGAAGGACUGCUAUGCAACACCUACCAGAGACAGUCAGCACCCGGUCAAAUACUACAUCAUAAAGAACAAUUGCCCUAAUGUUAAUGAUCCCACAAUUUUUAUGGAAGAAAAUGGACAAUCCCUCAAUGGGAGAUUUUCUGUUCAGCUCUUCAAGUUAAUUGGCUACGACACAAUCUUUUUACACUGUCAGAUCAGCUUGUGUGAUACGUCAACUGAAAUCUGCAAUCCUCACUGCAGAGUGAAGUCUGCUUCUAUAGAUGACAAUUACGCCACACAGAAUUUAACACUUGGUCCCAUACAUAACAGAGGGGCAGUGAUACAACCCGCUAAGCCACCUGAAGCCCAUAUUUCAAAUGGAGCUGCACCUCCGGCACUGACCUUAACAUCAAUUCUCUUCUUCCUUGUGCUGAUAUUUGUCUGUUAAUUGCUUACUUACUGAAACUUUCUGUUCUCAUGUAAUAUAGCUUUAAAUGCAACAAAUAUAAUAGAAGAUGUCCUUUUUAUACUAGUUACAUUUAUGGUGGGUUUGGGGCAAUACAUUCUUAUAAGUAAAUACAUAUUAUAUGGUUCUGUAACAAUAGUAAGAAUAAAUAGAGAGCAAUCUUGUGACUGAA